UGAUUCCCUGUGAUCAUGCUAAUCAAUAUCUAUUUUUUGGUUUUUAGGUGGUGGAAAGAUGUAGGCCUUGGAAAUAGAUUGAGCUUUGCUAGAGAUCGACUGGUAGAGUACUUCUUUGCAACUGGAAUUGUAUUCAAGCCACACCUUGGAUAUUGUCGAGAGGAACUUACUAAAGCAUUUGCUUUGGUAGCAAUUAUAGAUGAUUUCUAUGAUAUUUACGGAACACUGGAUGAACUUAACCUUUUCACCAGUGCCGUCCAGAGGUGGGACUCCAAUGCAAUGGAAGGAUUUCCGGAGUAUAUGAAAAUCUUGUAUUCAGCUUUAUAUAACACAACAAAUGAAGUGGCGGAUCAUAUACGUAGAGAAGAGGGUUGGGAUGCCCUUCCUUAUCUCAGAAAAGCGGUAAAUUCACUAUCCUAUCCUUUUUUUACCUUAGCUUCUUGGUAAAAGUAUAGUGACAGC